CGCAGUGCGGAGCGGUUGAUGGCAAUGUCUCACUGCUCUGCUCUCCUCUCCACGGCUGCUAAAGUCAACCUGCUGGUUCUGCUGGUCUCUGCGGUGUUUUCCUGGCCGAGCUUAAGCGACAGAGUUCCUGAGUUUGCCCUUACGAAAAUAGAAGAGAGCGACAUAAAAGAUGACAGCGGGACAGAGCCAGUAACAGAAGAUGAAGCUGAUCCUGAGGACUUAGAAGUGUUCUACCCAACACAUCAAUGGCAAAUUCUCCAUCCAGGUCAAGCUGUUCCUGCAGGGUCGCAUGUACGAUUAAAUCUGCAGACGGGAGAACGAGAAGCCAAACUCGCAGGCGGCGAAAAUGGAAAAAGUGACGUGAGAGAAGAGAAAAGGAGGAAAAGGCUGGGCAAGAUGGAUAUUGACUCAAAUUCAUUCACGUCACAGGAGCUCAAAAAGGCUUUGGCUAAAAUGAAGGAAAGUGAGAAGACAGAAAGAAUGGCCCGCGAGGAAGAGGUGAGGAAGAAAUUUCGUCCCAUAGAGGAGCUGAAGGAGGAGUUUGAGAAGCUGAACGUGAAGCUGGAGACAGACUAUGAGAUCAUGGUCAAACUAAUCAGCAAAUUCAACAGCUCUGCUUCGACGCUGGAUGAAAAAGUAGCGGCACUCUAUGACCUUGAAUAUUAUGUUCAUCAGGUGGACAACGCCAAAGACUUCCUCUCCUUGGGAGGACUUCAGCUGGUGAUUAAUGGGCUGAACAGCACGGAGGCCGUAAUCAAGGAACACGCUGCCUUCGUGCUGGGAGCUGCGCUGUCCAGCAACCCCAAAGUGCAGAUCGAGGCGAUCGAGGCGGGGGCGCUGCAGAAGCUCCUGGUUAUUUUGGCUACAGAGCAGCCCCUGGCCGUCAAGAAGAAGGCUCUCUUUGCCCUGUCCUCGAUGCUGAGACACUUCCCCUAUGCCCAGCAGCAGUUCCUCAAGCUUGGUGGCCUUCAGGUCCUCAGGGACUUCUUCAGGGAGAAAGGCAUGGAGGCCCUCUACGUCCGCGUGGUGACGCUCCUCUACGACCUCAUCAUGGAGAAGCUGCUGCUGGAGGACUCUCCGGACGGGGAUCACACGCAAGAGAAAAKGGAGCAGUACCAGCAGGUGCGGCUGGUGCCGGCGGUGGUGGAGCAGGACUGGUGCACCAUCGUGGCCAACCUCCUGGCCGUGCCUGAGCACGACACUCGCGAGAAGGUGCUGCAGACAGUGAGGGUGCUGCUGCCCUUCUGCAAGGAGCGCUACUGGGCCGACACACACCUCGCUACCRCGCUGCACCAGCUGCGCCACCAGUACCAGGAGCUGGCGGCUCAGGAGCUCCGUGAAGGCGACAGCGAGGGCUACUUCAAGGARCUCCUUGGCUCUCUAGACACCGUCAUUCAGGAGUUGGGAGCAAAGUAGCUGCUGUUUCACUUCGAUUCCAAGUUCAGCAGUGCGGAUUUGGAUGGUACGCGUGUAAAUGCACUUUUGAAUAAAUUGCGGGGCUAAAUGGGAUCUCCCCACCACCAA